AUUUAUAAGUUUCCAGAAGAGAAAGGUAUAAUCCAUGAAACAGUACAUAAACGCUUCCCUUUCCUGUCUUACACUAAUUCGAAUGCAUGGCAUCGAGAUGUAUUUAAAUAUACUGAUUCAGAAGCCAAAUGCCCAGUAUGCAAUGAGGUACAUACACGUCGAGGUAUAUGGGGUGAUUGGAGCUGUCUCGGUAAAGAUGAUCACUAUUUUCUUAAUUGUUCAUUUCGUAUCAAUCAAAAGAAAGUUAUAAUCGCUAUACAGAGUUUGCCGGAAAUUCAAGUAAGGGUACUAAACAAAAUCCACCUUUAUCAACCAGAGGCUGGCUUAUGUCAAUAUGCCAUUGAACAUAAAAUGGAUCCUGAGAAAUUUUCUAUUAUUACUGAGGCUGAGAAAAAAAGGUGGAUAAUGAGGUGUUUUCCUGCUGACUUAGAAAGAGAUAUACGUCUUUAUCGCGGAGGAAUAAAAAGGAAUGAAGAUACCAGAAAAUAUCAUAAAUUUUUAACAGAUCGGGAUAGGCUG